AUGGUGACCCUGAACCUGAUCAAGCGAUCCACAACGUUGUCUCAUCUCCUCCAACUCCACACCCUGUUCCUGAAAUCCUCCCUUGAUCACAACCCUUACCUCAUUUCUCAGUUUCUCUUAUCAGCCUCCACCAUUUCCCUUCCUUUCGCCAAAUCCUUCUUCAACUCCCUCCCCAUCACCCCUCCACUCUUUGCUUGGAACACAAUCAUCAGAGCACUUGCUAACAGCCCCACCCCACUUGAAUCCCUCGUCUUCUUCCGCCGCCUUCAACGCUCGGGCCUUUCCCCUGAUAACUUCACCUACCCUUUUGCCCUCAAGGCCUGCGCUCGCGUUUCGUCGCUUUCCCAUGGUGGGGUGUUUCAUUCCUUGACCCUGAAGACGGGUUUGAGCUCUGAUUGUUAUACAGACAAUACCCUUUUGAAAUUUUAUGCUGAUUGUGGCGCGAUCGGGUUUGCGCGCCAGGUGUUUGAUGAAAUGGCUGUUAGAACUGUUGUGACUUGGAGUUCCAUGAUUGCUGCAUAUGUUGGUUCUAAUUCCCCUUCGGAGGCGUUGCAUGUGUUUCAAGAGAUGAGGCUUGCAAAUGAAAAGCCGAACUCGGUCACUUUGGUGAGUUUGCUUUCUGCUUGUAGUAAAAUGGUCAAUGUCAGUGCGGGUGAGUCCAUUCAUUCCUACAUUACACGGAAUCACGUUGAUAUGAGUGUUGAGUUGGGUACUGCUUUGUUUGAGAUGUAUGCAAAAUGUGGCCUGAUGAAGAAAGCCCUUCUGGUUUUCAAUUCGAUGCCUGAAAAGAAUUUGCAGUCCUUCACAAUCAUGAUUUCUGCUCUUGGAAAUCAUGGGUGUCAAAAGGAUGUGAUUUCUCUGUUUACGCAGAUGGAGGAUAUGGGGUUGAAACCAGAUGGUCUAUCUUUUUCAGUGAUUCUAUCUGCCUGCAGUCACAUGGGACUUGUUGAUGAGGGAAAAAUGUAUUUUGAUCGGAUGGUGAGGAUGUAUAACAUAAAGCCAAGUGUUGAGCAUUAUGGAUGCAUGGUUGACUUGCUAGCAAGAGCUGGCUUGAUUCAAGAAGCUUAUGAUAUCAUUAAGAACAUGCCCAUGGAGCCCAAUGCUGUUAUACUGAGGAGUUUUCUGGGAGCUUGUAGAAAUCAAGGGUCCGUUCCUAGUUUGGAUGAUAAACUUAUGUCCAAACUGGAGUCUGAAUUGGGGGCAAACUAUGUACUUACUGCUAAUGUCUUUUCCACCUGUGCUUCCUGGAAAGAUGCCAGUAACUUGAGAUUAGCCAUGAAACAGAAAGGGUUAAAGAAAAAUCCUGGUUGUAGUUGGUUGGAGCUGGCUUUGUACCUGAGAAAGCUUUCUCCACCACAGUUAGUUCAACUUCAACCCACAAGUAACAGCACUCCCUAUGCUUUAUUAGUUCCUGAGCCACUUUCUACUCUCAUGGCUUCUUCAGUAACCAGAUCAGGUUUCAGCAGCUUCACAGAGCACUGGCUUCUGAUUGCAGCCAUUUCCCUCAUUUGUGGAUUUCUUUGCUACAUAGUCUAUGAUGCAAUCAUGGCAACUGCAUCAGAGUUGCUGCAGCGUUUGCUGGUGAUUUCUCCACUUCUCUUAAUCAUCAUUGUCCACUGGCUCUCCACUGGGACCCAGUUAAGCUUCCCCAUGCCAGGAUCUGAGCCCAGUGCCAUUCACAGAGCUGGUGGCUCCCCUUGGGGUGUUGCAUUUGUCCUUGUGUUGCUUUUCCUUCUCAUUUCCUACCAACCAUCCCUGCAUGACCUUGUUUCUUAG